ACAAUUAUUUAUGGAUUAGUUAGAUAUAUUUAUAGUUUAUAUUCGCUUGUAUAUGACUCUUAGAUUUUGUGAUAUUUUUUUUUAUAUUUUCCAAUGGCGGCAAAAACAGGCUAUAAACACAACUCCCCUGGGCCGAAAUAUUUGCUAUCGACAACCAUCGGGCCUAAUUGUACAGACCCGACCAUCAAGUCUCCACCCGGCUGUGUGAUAGGAAAUCUCCCCAUUAAAACUUACAGAACAUUUAGCCCUGCACCUAACAAGUAUGAUACUUCUGGAUAUAAUCGGAAUGGCAAAAUGUCCUCUCCUGCGUUUUACUUCGGCACAAAAUCUCCUUUACUAAGUUCGAGAAACAUUAUUCCGAGCCCUCAAAGAUAUGGGACGCACCUCUGCCCGGACACCCGCCAUGUUAGACCACCUGCUUGGGAACUCGGGAACCCUUACCACCGUUCGUACAAGAUGGCGGGUCCAGCGCCGAAGUACAUGAUACCAAAGGUCACAGGAGCAUUUCCCCCUGACCUGCCUAAUGUUCCCGCCUACACGAUUUUAGGAAGAGAUGCAUUGAAGUAUUCGAAAUCCUCUUCGCCGGGUCCUGGAAAAUAUGGACUCACAGAUCCAGGCUUGUAUCUUACCAGAGCGCCAUCUCCUGCGAUAUUGUCGAAACGGAAAGAAUCCACAAUUCAUUCUCAAACGAUACCAGGCCCAAAAUACUCCGCUAACUAUAAUUGGAAGGUCGACCCGCCAUCUUACACUUUUGGUAUGAAGCAUUCUAUGUACGAAGUUAUAACCUAUAUGCCUGAAGAUAAGCAGCCAUUUUUUGGGUUAUAAUUCAGUAUUUGAAUCUAUUUCAAUGGUAACUUGAAUAAAAUACAAGCAAUUAA